UAAUAUCGUAACAGACACGAAGCAAGCAUCAGUGUAGUCGUGAAGUCGUGAUGGGAACACUGGCGAAUGGUGGCAGCGUUGGGAGACAAGAAAACAAGCGAUGGUCUUUAAUCCAUGGUCCUCGUUUCUUGGUCGUCCUACUGGUGAUAUCCAUUAUCCACGUAGGAGCAAGUCAGAACAAGACGAGCACUCUUGAUCGAGGUUUAAAAAAGAUGCGUUCCCCAAGAUAUGCCAAGACAACAUACAAAGCCAACACUCAAUACAGCAGGGUUUGUAACACCACAGAAUGUGCUAAUGCUGCCAAACAAAUUAAUAGUUCGAUGAACCUGACCAUGGACCCAUGUGAGAACUUCUAUGAGUUUGCCUGUGGAAGAUAUCGAGUACAAAAUCCAUUGAACGGAAAUGACAGCAUUACUGGCCUUGUGAAAAACACGUGGUGGUUCCGAUACUAUUUAAAAGAUAAACUGGUAAAAGGGCUAGCCAAACUCAACGGUGCGAGUGAUGAAGUAAUGAAAAUACCUUCAGACAUCUACAAAUCGUGUAUGAACUUGGCAGCCAUUGACAAGGAGUGUGAUGCACCAUUAAAGAGACUCAUUCGAGAAUUCGGAGGAUGGAGUAUGGUGGAGGAAAAUGGACAGUGGGACGAGAAAAACUGGGAUUUUGCAAAGGCUAUUCUAGCUAUUCAUCGUAACUAUAAAUCGAACGGGCCUUUGUUUUUAGUGAAACACUGGGAAGAUGCGGCCGACAAUAGGAGAUAUAUUUUUGAAAUUGAUCAGGCACGAACCAAGGGAUCAUACUCACCAUCAAAAGUUGAUACCUACCGAAGUCUGAUCCAUCACGUAGCAUUACUUCUUGGAGGACGUACCAACCUGCAACAGAAAAUACAGGAGUUGAUUGAUUUUGAAACGAAACUUGCAAAUAUAAGUUUACCCUCACGUUCACCGGCGAAAACCACAUUCGAUGACAGGAUGACCGCUGCGGAUUUACAGAAAGAAACGCCAACUUUCAACUGGUAUAACCACCUACAAGGAAUGUUCGCCCCAAAACAUCUUCACAAAACAGAAAAGUUUGACGUUUCUGCGCUGUCCUACUUAAAAGGUGCCAUGGCAUUAGUUCACAAUACACCAAAGAGCGUUUUAUCCAAUUAUUUGGUAUGGUACGUGAUUAAGGACGAGCUAGCGUACAUGUCCAAGUCCUACAGGGAUUUAAAUGCACGAUAUUUGCGAGAAGUGAACAAUUACACAGCGAACGAGGAACGAUGGAAAACAUGUGUUGACUAUGUAAAUAAUGUUUUAACGAGAGACAUAGUGGCUGCUGGAUUUGUAGCAGAUAACUUCACCAACAAUUUGAAAAUUGCGAAAAUGGUAAAAAAGAUGAUGACUGAGGUACGAGAAGCUUUCAAGGAGAAUAUCAACUCUCUUACCUGGAUUGAUGAUCACACCAGAAGAGCAAUACUGGAAAAGGUAAACGCGGAGAGAGGGGAAUCUGGCUUCCCAAAAAAUCUCCUGGACCCUGGAAAAGUUUCCAAGAAAUUUGAAAAAUACAAGAAUCUGAACAUCAGAAACGACACUCUGCUCAGCAACAGAAUAACAUUGAUGAAGGUCAUGCAAAAAGAUUUGUUAGCAAAAUUCAAUAAAACCAUGGAUCAAGAAGAGUGGGUGCACAUGGGGCCACAAAAUGCUAAUUAUGGAAAAAACCCUUAUAAAAACUGGAUAACUGUACCAUUGCUACAGAUUCGUCCACCCGAUUUCUAUCCUGUCGACGAAUUAAGAGCGAUCAACUUUGGAARAAUUGGUAAUGUAAUUGGACAUGAAGUCACACAUAGUUUUACCCCUACAGGUAGGAAAUUCAACAAGGAUGGAGAAGUCAAAGGUCAGCUUUGGACAAACCAAUCACUUGAAAGGUUCAAUGCUCGACUUCAGUGUUUUGUUAAACAGUAUUCACAGUAUUAUGAAUCAGGAAUUCAAGUUAACGGUAGUAAGACUCUUGACGAAAAUACUGCAGACAACAGUGGCUUAAAAGCGGCUGUCAAGGCAUACCACAAUUGGGCAGAGCGAAAUCCCAGUGAAACAUGGCUGCUACCAGGACUGAAUUUCACCAACGAACAACUGUUCUACAUUGCAAUGGGUCAGAACUGGUGUUUUCACGACAAACUUUAUUACACCAAAUGGAAGUUGAGAUCUAUUUAUCCGACGGAAAAUUGGAGGUUGAUUGGUAUAUUAACUAACUCUUGCGAGUUUGCUAACGCAUUCAAGUGCAAGAUAAACAGUCCAAUGAAUCCUUUGAAGAAAUGUGCUAUUUGGAGUAAAGAGGGGCCGUUGUUCUAGUUACAUGUCUUAUGCUAGAUCAUUCUAACCGACUUCUAAUAUUGGUUGGUAAUGAAUGUUGCAAGAAAAUGUACUUCAAUGAUUGCACCAGCUAAAGACUAUCUCAACUGGAUGUGCCCAAAACAUAAUAACGAUUUAUAAACACUCUGCCAGAAAACAUGAAAUAUGUUACUGAUUCUACUAAAAAUAGAUCAAUUAAUAAAACGUAACCUAA